AUGGAAACCUUUAACACCUCAGAAACCCUAAUCGAGGGUUUAGUGUCAUCUAAACAAGAUGGAAAUGUGAAUCUAGUGGAGGAAACGGAUAAGUCGUUUGAUAUGGGGGAAGAGAAGCGUGAUGAACCUGUGUCAACAUCAGUUGCAGAAAAUGGUAGCGGGGUUGAUUUAAGUAGCCAUGCAGAUGUUCCUAUGAAAGGUAUUUCCCUUUUUGUGGAAUUAACUGGCGAUAUUUCACAUCAUUUGGAAGAACAUCGAUCAUCAAAGAGAAAUCAAGGUGAGGUUACUGCUGCUUACAAACAAUGUGGGGUCAGUGUGGGUGAUUUAGUGUGGGCAAUGAUCAAGAAACAAUCAUGGUGGCCUGGAAUUGUUUGUGAAGCUUCUAGUGUACAGAUAAGGGAGAAUGGACUUCUGAUAAGAUGUUUUGGCAAUGGAAAUUACAUUUGGUGUCGACCUAAUGAACUCAAGCCAUUCAUUGAGCACUUUCAACGGUUUUCAAACCAAAGAAACUCCAAAAACUUCUUUGGUGCCAUAGAUAAGGCUCUAGCUGAGGUUGGUCAACGUGUAAAGACAGAGUUCACUUGUUCUUGUUUCUCUAAUGUGGUGAUGAAAAGAAGGGGUAAUGUUGAUGAUCUUUCAUUGACUCGAUUUGAGCCUGUAAAGUUUCUUGAAUAUAUAGAAGAUCUUUCAAGAAAUGUUUGUAUGCCUAAUAAGGUUGAUUUUUCCAUCAAUAUGAAUUUCUUGUCUGCUUUUAAUCAUUCAUUAGGGCAUUGCCAAAUCCCAGUUCAUCAACUUAAGCCUUCUUGGAGUCCAUCAAAAAUUAAAACCGAGGACGAAAAUGGAUAUUUAAUAAUGGAAGAUGAUACAGAGGGUAGUGGUGGAAAAUCCGAAAAAGGAUAUGAAACAAGAGAAAGAAGGAAGAGUAGGUUUUUGUCAUAUCCGGGAGAACAAAGAAAGGAAGAAUUGAAGGAAGAUGAUAAUGGAGGAAUGGAAUUGAAUAAAACUAAUGAAUUGCCAUCGAAGAAGAAGCCAAGAAAGAAGUAUACCAAAAAGCUUGUCAUGAAGGAAGAUCCAUUACCAGUAAAUAUAUGUUCAUCUGAUGUGCUCUCUGUGCUUCAAUCUGCAGCUCAAGAUUGUGGUUUUCCAAGUGAAAGUGACAAAUUUGAUUCUGUUAAACAUUUUGUAGCUGGAUUUAGGAAAUGGGUAUUCAGUGAUUCCACAAAUGGAAUCAGCAUCACCACCGGAAUAAAAACUCUGGAAUCAGAGAAACCCAAGAAAGUGAGAAAGAAGAAGAAUAAAUCCAGUUCACUGAUUCUAGAUUUCCAGAAUGCUAAUCCUGUUCUUGUUCCUCAAUCAAUGGCAAAUCAAGGAGUUCAAAAUAAUACCAUCUAUAAUUUUAAAGAUCCACAAAUGACCAAACCACCCCUUCGUAAACUCUUACCCAAAAGGAGUUUGAACAAUAUGGACAACAAUACCCCUAUCCAAGCCUGGAAUAGUAAUCCCACUCCCUUGCCCAAUGUGAAUGGACACAUGAACAUGAAUCCAUAUGUGUUUCCUUCAAUGGAAGGAUCAAACCAAGCCAUGUAUGGAUUUGGGUCAACCCAACCAUGGUUAAUAAACCAUGGUCAACCACAGGUGAGUAAGGUUAACCAUGAGCCAAAAAAGAGAGGGCGAAAAAGGAAACAUGUGGAGUUUCAAGCGAACGAUGGUUUGAUUGUGACACCAGAUCUGACCAAAAAUGGUGGUGAGAAGAAAAAGGGUAAAAGAGGAAAGAAAAAAGAAGAAACCGGAGUCCCAUGUAUAGAUUUAAGUUACAACAAAGUGAAUCAAGAAAACAUACAAGUCACAGGUACUGCUUUCCUCUUAAAAUUUUCAUCAAACUACCCUUUACCCUCCACCCAAGUUUUAAAUUUGGUAUUUUCUAAAUACGGGGAAUUAAACGAAUCCGAAACGUUCAUAUCCACUGAAAAUCUAAGUGGUCAAGUUGUGUUUUCUGAUUCUUCUAGUGCUGGAGGGGCAUUUUGGGGAUUACAAAAUGACCAACCUUUUGGACCCGCCCUUGUUAAUUACCGAAUUCAGCAUCUCAAUAACACCGACCCUAUCGAAUUCAAGACUCCUAUUAAGAGCCCCGCGUUAUCACAAGGAGGGCAAGAAGGGAAAUUCGAUACGCCAGGUGUCAUCGGUCCAUACAUGAUCCCGGAUUUAAACGGAUACGCAAAUGAAACUAAAACUAAAAAAAUGGAAGAAAUUCGGUUGCCUUCAAUGGAUUUAAGUUAUGGGAAUGAAGCUUCUUCGGGUACAGCUCUUUUGUUAAAAUUCUCCCCACAUCACCCGUUACCCUCCCAACAAGAUUUGAAUUUGGUGUUUUGUAAAUACGGGUUGAACGGGUCUGAGACGCGGGUCAUGGGUCAAGAUCUGACGGGUCAAGUUGUGUUUGUGAACCCGUUGGUUGUUGGAGAGGCAGUUCAAAAAUUGGAAAAGGAAAGACCAUUUGGGGAGUCUCUUGUAAGUUAUAGGGUUCAGCAUUUGUAUAGUGUUAAACCCGCGAUUCCUUUAGGGAUUAAAAAACCUGUUCAUGUUCAACAAGAGGGUAAUAAUGGUAAUGAUCUUGGGGUUAUAAGAAAGAAUCUUGAAAUGAUGAGGGUAAUGUUGGAAAAAGCUGGGGGUGGGUUGUCGGGUGAGAUGAGAGGGAAACUUGAGAGUGAGAUUAGAGGGUUGAUGAAUAAAAUUAAAGUGAGUGGGAUGGAUGGGUGUUCUUCCUCUUCUCUAUGA